AUGAAUCCAGUUGACCAUCCUCACGGUGGUGGUAACCAUCAACAUAUUGGUAAGGCUUCUACUAUUUCUAGAGGUGCCGUUUCUGGUCAAAAGGCCGGUUUGAUUGCUGCCAGAAGAACUGGUUUGUUACGUGGUUCCCAAAAGACCCAAGAUUAG